GCUCACAUGCACAACUUCCUGGACAGAGAAGCGGAGCGCGCUGAACGCGAUCGACGCGACUGACUUUGUAAGCUACGCGCUGAGCAAAAGAUCGACUGAAGCGAGUGUUUUAUGUCGCCUGCGUCCAAAGUGCUGCCAACGUACCGGUUUGGAUUAACUUGGAGAAUGUAAAGCCGACGCUACAGAAAACACAAGUGUGCGCGGAUUGUGGGCUGCCCGAAAUGUCCCACGCAACAGACACAAGAUUGGUCGCCGGUCAUUAUAUCGCCUCGAUCAUCUGAAAUAAUUGAAGUUGUUCAAGUGCGCUUUCUUCGUUGACGCUUGAUUUAAGCCGCCAUUCCGCUUUGCUCUAAUUGCGCAUUUGGACAUGUGGAGUCCGCGAGGAUCGUGUCGUUUGGGGAUGUUGUGUUUGACUUUGUCAGCCCUUCUCAUCCAACAAAUCAUCUGUCAUUCCGUUUCACGUGUGGAAACAGAGGGUCAUGACAGCUCAGCCAAUCAAAGACAUCGAAGAGCAUCUGGGGAACCCUAUUGGGCGUAUUCAGGGAACUACGGACCUCAGAGAUGGGCGUCUGCUUAUCCAGAGUGCGGAUAUAGGAAUCAGUCUCCUGUGGACAUUGUGGAUAAAGAUGCCAAAUCAUCUCAGGAAUGUCAGGAGCUCACGCUGGAAGGUUUCGAAACCAAGUCGUCAAACAGGACCACCAUGAAGAACACGGGAAAAACAGUUUCUAUCAUACUGAGGAACGAUUAUUUCGUAAGGGGCGCUGGUCUACCCGGGCGCUUCAAAGCAGAAAAGGUGGAGUUUCACUGGGGCGGCACCAACGGGUCAGCUGGAUCCGAACACAGCAUCAACGGAAGAAAGUUUCCAGUAGAGAUGCAGAUUUAUUUUUACAAUUCUGAUGACUUUGACAGUCUGGGCACCGCGAUAAAGGAGAGACGCAUCAUUGCUGCCAUGGCUGUCUUCUUUCAGGUGGGGAAGAAGAACAAUAUCGCGGCUGAGCCCAUCAUCACAGGCCUCAAACGGGUAGUCCAUCAUGAGAAGGAAACAAAUCUCGGUUCAUUUGUACUGAGGGAUCUGUUGCCGUCGUUUUUGGGAAGUUAUUAUCGUUACACGGGCUCGCUCACGACGCCGCCCUGCAGUAAGGUAGUGGAGUGGAUCAUCUUCAGUCGUCCUGUUUUCCUGUCCUACCACCAGUUGGAGGCGUUCUACUCAAUCUUCACUACAGAGCAGCAGGAUCAUGUGAAGUCUGUGGAUUAUCUGAGGAAUAACCAUCGGCCCACUCAAGAUCUGGACAGCAGGCAGAUCUUUAAAUCAUCCGUGACGAAUGCGUGGCAGAAUGACCCCAUGCAAGACAACACGGCCAGCACUGCCGACAGAGUCUGCAGUAGCAUCCCUGACAACAUGAACGUCCAUCCGCUGAACCGAACUGCUCUCGUGUUGACCUGGGACCGACCGUCAACUGUCUACCACCCGCCUAUACUGGGCUUCCUCGUCUCAUACAGCUGGGUGAAGGACGAAAUGCCUUUUGAGAAGACCUUCACGCAGAGCGGCGAACACAGCACGAGGGCAGUAAUCCCGCUUGUGUCUCCAGAGGUCCUGUAUCUGUUCAGAGUUCAAGCUGUAUGUCACAGAGACCAGCGCAGUGACUUCAGUCAAACGCUUUUAUUUAAAGCAAACACCACAAGGAUAUUCGAGGGCACGAGAAUUGUAAAAGCUGGAAUGCCUACAGUUUCCCCAGCAUCUUCUGCUGACAUGGCACCCAUAAGCUCAGGCUCGUCGACCUGGACCUCCGCCGGGCUUCCCUUUUCUUUCGUCUCCAUGGCAACGGGAAUGGGACCGCCAUCCAGCGGCGGGCAGGCCACCGUUGCGUCCGUAGUGACCAGCACUCUGUUAGCAGGACUGGGCUUCAGUGGUAGCAUCAUUUCCUCACUCCCUGGAUCCCUAUGGCCCACUCAUUCCACAAACUCAGGACCAACACCCACCCAACACCCAUCCACUCCUUCCACCAAACCCAGCCCUCCAGAUAACAGCAUACAUCCCUCUGAAGACACGUCAGAGGCGAAUAAUCGAGACGAAGAGGGUGGUGAAAAAGAAGAGGAUAAGGACGAUGAAGAGGAACACGGUGAAGAAGAAGAGAGGAAGAAAAAAGAAAAAGACGCCAAGGAUGGGAAGCAAGAGAAGAAUUUUCCUGAAAAUUCAACGACCACUGUCCCAACAUCAGAAUAUAGGGUGAGAGGUCGAGAGAGGGCUGAUGAUAACAAUGAAAACUCUACAGUCACCCCUGGGAUAGUGGAAGAGGAGGUAUCUAGGGCCACGGAAAGGCACUCUGGGGAGGAUUCAUCCAAACCUACAUGGCUUGAAGAUAAUGACAGCGCAGACAUGCAACUUCCUGCCGGCUCGACCGAGACCACUAAACUAACCGAUGAGGAGAAAGCUCUCUGGCCGUAUUAUAUUCACACCGAGAGGAACAGCAUAUCCACUGUCACCCGAGACCCAUUGUCCUCAUCCGGCAGAAUGGAGUGGAUCAUUCCCCUGAUGGUGGUCUCGGCCCUUACUCUCCUCUGCUUGAUCAUGAUGUUAGCUGUCCUGGUUUACUGGAGGAGAUUUUUCCAGACUGCACAUUUCUACGUUGAAGACAGGUGCUCUCCGAGAGUGAUCCGCAAUGAUAGUUUUCCCGUCCUCUCUCCAGCAGAUGACCUGGAGGCUCUUCCAGUCAGGCAGUUCAUAAAACAUAUCAUGGAGCUGUAUGCCAACAACCAACAUGGCUUUUCUCAAGAGUUUGAUGAGGUUCAGCAUUGCACAUCUGACAUGAAGAUUACAGCAGAACAUUCAAAUCAUCCAGACAACAAGCACAAAAACAGAUACAUCAACAUUGUCGCCUUUGAUCACAGCAGAGUGAAGUUGCAGCAGAUGCCUGGGAAAGACUCCAAGCACAGCGACUACAUCAAUGCCAACUAUGUGGACGGUUAUAAAAGACCCAGGGCUUAUAUAGCUGCUCAGGGACCUCUGAAGUCCACAUUCGAUGACUUCUGGAGAAUGAUUUGGGAACAAAACACAAGUGCGAUCGUCAUGAUAACUAACUUGGUUGAGAAAGGCAGGAGGAAAUGCGAUCAGUACUGGCCUUCGGAAAGCAGCGAGGUGUACGGACACAUAAUGGUGACUCUGAAGAGCACUAAAGUGCACGCAUACUACACGCUACGCCACUUUAUCAUACGCCACGCCAAAGUGAAAAAGGGUCAGAGGACAAAGCAGAACGAACGAUUAGUGGUCCAGUAUCACUACACUCAGUGGCCAGACAUGGGCGUACCCGAGUACACCCUACCAGUCCUCAAAUUCAUCUCUCGCUCCUCUGCGGCACGGACGGCUGGCACCGGCCCUGUCCUAGUGCACUGCAGUGCUGGAGUGGGAAGAACAGGCACCUACAUAGUCAUAGACAGCAUGCUUCAGCAGAUAAAAGACAAAGGUACUGUCAACGUCCUGGGGUUUCUCAAGCACAUCAGAGCCCAGCGCAACUACCUGGUCCAGACUGAGGAGCAGUUUAUCUUUAUCCAUGAUGCAUUAAUGGAAGCUCUGCUUAGCAAGGACACCGAGGUGCCCGCCUGGCAACUCCACAGUUAUGUCAACAACAUCCUCACGCCGAGCCCCACGGGACAAACACGCAUGGAUAAACAGUUUAAGUUGUUGACGCAAUGCAAUUCUCACCUGGCUGAGUGUCUCAGUGCCCAGAAGGACUAUAACAAGGAGAAGAAUCGCACGUCUUCGGUGUUGCCAAUGGAGCGAGCUCGGGUGGCCCUGUCUCCUCUCCCUGGAGUAAAGGGAACUGACUACAUCAACGCCUCUUAUAUUAUGGGCUACUACAGGAGCAAUGAGUUCAUUAUUACCCAGCAUCCUUUACCUCACACAACCACAGACUUCUGGAGGAUGAUAUGGGAUCACAAUGCUCAAGUGAUCGUGAUGUUGCCGGAUAACCUUGGCCUUACCGAGGAUGAGUUUGUGUACUGGCCCAGCAGAGAAGAGCCCAUGAACUGCAUAGCCUUCACUGUCACUCUCAUCAACACUGACAGACUGUGUUUGUCUAAUGAAGAACAACUCAUCAUCCACGAUUUCAUCUUAGAGGCUACACAGGAUGACUACGUGCUAGAAGUCCGACAUUUCCAAUGUCCGAACUGGCCAGAUCCCGAUGCGUCCAUUAGCAGCACGUUUGAGCUUAUCAACAUCAUCAAAGAGGAGGCCAUGACAAGAGAUGGUCCUACCAUCGUCCAUGAUGAAUUCGGGGCGGUGUCUGCCGGGACAUUCUGUGCUCUGACAACACUUUCCCAGCAGCUGGAGAAUGAAAGCGCCGUGGAUGUCUACCAAGUAGCCAAGAUGAUUAACCUCAUGAGGCCUGGUGUCUUCACUGAAAUUGAGCAAUAUCACUACCUUUACAUGGCAAUGCUCAGCCUCAUCAGCAGUAAAGACUUCAGAUUUGGCUUCAACUACAUAGACAAAAUUGUUGGGAUGAUGGUAACGGAUGAAUCUAAACAGGCUGAGAGCAUGGAGUCUUUGGUGUGAGGUUCCCAGAAGACGGAAGAACUGAUUCCUUGAACUUUCCAUGAGGCCUUUAUUCCCAGACUCUUGAUGAAAUGAAAAAAAAGACAAAAAAGAGCUUUUAUAUACUGAUAAAAAUAAAUUCUUUUGAUAUUUAUUUUUGCUGCUUUUUGUUAUCCUGCUGAGCGUCACCUGCUCUCCAAUACACAUGCUCACAGACACACACACACAAACAUACACACACAGCAACAUGCAGCUGUCUAUUUUGCACUACACGUUCAGUGUUACUACUUGAUGCCUAGCUGAUUAUUGAUAAUUGUGUUCGAAACAUUUCUGAGUAUCGCUAUAUUCUUAUUGAGAAGUCUGCAGACAUGAGAGGGCGAUCGGCGAAGGCACGUUAACACACAUCGGUCUCAUAUCCAUGAAAGCUGUACACAGAGAAGCUCCACCUUCAAAUUAAUGCUCAUCAUAAUGCGACUUUUAAUCGUCAAGCAUUGUGACUUGUUAGAUUAAUAUGUUCCUUUUUUAUUUAUUAAGAUAUGCCAUUUUAUGUCUAACUUAUAUACGUUAUUUCAGUGUGAUAUCAUAACAGCAACUGUGAACAUAUAUUGUUACCAGUAGCAUUUCUAUUGUUUUGUAAUAAAUAAAGAUAUUGAUCAAAA